AUGUCCCCCGCAAAGCUGCAAGAAUGGUUUCCUUGGACCCAAUCACCCAUCAUUUCCAAUGGCCCAAUGAUGGGAGUCGUUAAUCCCAAGCUGGCCGCGGAAGUAACCAAAGCUGGUGGACUCGGCUUCCUCCCGUGCGUAUUCGAUAUUGCCCCCAACUCAGAACACCUCUCCACCCUCACCACCAACCUCAAAGAGAGCAGAAGCAUCCUCGGCCUCAACCCCAGCGACACCCUCAACCUAGGCAUCAGCUUCCUCACCGGCCACGGGUCCAUCACCAACUUUUCCGAGACUAUCAUCCCUAUCGUCGCGGAGUAUCGCCCCGCAGCAGUAUGGCUGUUCGCCCCAAAUGAAGAUGUCAAGCCCCACGGCGCAAUCAUCCAGGCGUUGAAGAAGCUAGAUCACUCGCCCAGAGUCUUCGUCCAGGUGGGCAAUGUAGCCGCCGCAAGGGCAGCAGUUCGCGAUGGCGCAGACGUGCUCGUCUGUCAGGGCAUAGAUGCCGGUGGACACCAGUUCAGACGGGGCAUGGGGGUGGUGAGCUUCGUGCCGGAAGCCAAGGCCAUGUUGGAGGAGGAGUUUGCGGGGAGGGAGGUUGGAGUUUUUGCGGCGGGCGGGAUCGUGAAUGGGAAGGGGGUUGCUGCUGCGAUGGCGUUGGGGGCGGGUGGUGUUGUGAUGGGCACGAGGUUUACUGUUGCUCGGGAAUCUACGUACCCUGAUUUUCGAAAGGAAAUCGUAUUGAAGGCUGUUGAUGGAGGAAGUUCUACAUUCAAGUCCCCGUUCAACGAUGAAAUCAACAAUAGCGCUUUGUUCGAUACCCUAUGGGGCACGCACUACGAUGGCCGUUCCAUCAUAACGAGUAUUCAUGAGAAAUUUCUGGCAGGGUCCACGUUGCAGGAAUUGCAGAAGAGUUUGAAGGAGGAUUAUUCGAGUGAGGAGUCGAUGAGGUUGAUCAACACGUGGGCUGGAACGGGCGUAGGUCUCGUCAACACAGCCCUGCCAGCAGGAGAAAUCGUCAAAGAGGUCCGCGAGGAUGCGAAGGAAACGAUUCGCAACUUGGCAGCACAACUCUGA